UUGUUGAUUCUGUCUAAUUGCAUGUGCAGGUACUUAUUCAAAUAUUAGGUCAACCUUGGAAGUUCCAAUAUUUUGGUUCAUACACAGUGAUCCAUUGUUGUUGGACAAGCACUAUCAAGCAAAAGCCUUGUCUGACAUGAUCAUUGUUGUGCAAUCUGAGGCAGCAUCAUGGGAAAGCUACUUGCAGUGUAAUGGUCGGUCACUGGUAUGGGACUUGAGGUGGCCCACAAAAGCUGCUAUUGCUGCUACUGCUGAACACCUGGCUGGUUUGCUUCCUCUUCAUCUGGUUUACAGUCAGGCUCAUGAAGCUGCAAUUGAGGACUGGACAUGGUCUGUUGGUUGUAAUCCACUGUCCAUCACUUCCCAAGGUUGGCAUCUUUCUAUGUUUCAAUCUGAUGUGAUUGCUAGGAGCUAUAUCGUCACUGCCCUUGAAGAAUCUAUACAAGCCGUUAAUGCGGCCAUAUAUCGCUUGAUUAUGGAGCGAACAACUGCACAGAGUUUUAAGUUAUUCAAGACUAGGGAACGGAACUUGGUGGACAAAUAUAACUCGAUUGUCGGAUUGUGGAGAAGAAUUUCCACAAUAUCUGGUGGGCUUCGGUAUCAUGAUGCUGUGAAGCUUUUAUCAUUGCUCGAGGAUGCAUCUUCAGGGUUCACAGACUAUGUCAAUUCAACGAUCGCUGCGCUGCAUCCGAUUCAUUGCACUCGUGAAAGAAAAGUUGGCAUCGAGUUCGACCUUACUACAAUCCCCGCCUUCAUUGUUGUUUUUGUAAUCCUCUGGUUCGUGCUAAGACCAAGGAGGCCGAAACCUAAGAUUAACUAAGGAACCGAAAGAGCAACACAGAAAAAGCGAAACUGAGAGCAAGCUGGAGUUGCAAACUUUGUCGUCUUCGCUCGAAUAUGAGUCUAUGAGAAUUUAAACGUUGUAAUCCUUGCGAAAAAACUAGUUGCCCGGGCAACGCCAGAUGAUGUUUUGUUGUGGAAAUUGAAAAUUGAUUUCUGGAAGGUUUUAAUGCCAAAAAUAGAAAUCCUGAUGAUUA